ACUCCAAGAAGGGAAGCAAGCAAGCGGAUACUCUGAAGACAUAUCUCAAGAAGAUGAAUAGCAACAUCGAAAAGCUCAACAAGAACAUGCUCGAGUGGAAGGAGACAAAGUCGACCGUGACCCCGAUUUCCUCGAUCAGCGAUGCAACCCAUGCUCUGAACCUGUCGCUCGGCUCACUCGGUGCCUUGAACCCGCUUGGAUCUGCAUCUGCACACCCGCUCACCGCGACAGCAUCGUCUUUGACUGCCACCGAUCCCAACGUCUUUGCGGUCCGCAUCCGCAAGUCCGACUUUGUCGGCACUGGUAUUGAGCCCGAAGCCGUUGUUAACGCCCAGCUGAAGGCCCUCUCCGAGAAGACCGGUUUGGAUUACAAGGUCAUUCCCUACGACACGCACUUUGAUAUCGUUGUGCAGAAGAAGAACCCAUUCACCGCCUAUCGAACUCCAAUGGCCCAUCCGUGGUACUCGCUCACUGCCGACCAGCAAACCUUUACGGGCGAUUUGCGAGAAAGGUCAUUGGAUACCACGCGUUUGCCGGCGGACUGAUCCCCAAGGAGAACCGCAUUUCAGGGGCCAACAACGACAAUGCCAAAACCCUCCAACUUGCCAACGAUGUCGUCAAGGCGCUGAGCACUGCCUUCGAUAAAGUCAUUCCAAGUUUGCUCAGUAUGGGUAUUAUCAAUGCAGACGCUGCCGGAGGCGCUAAGCGCACGCUUAAGGAGUUUUUCAUGUCAUGGGGAUUCACCAUGAAUUCCUCGAAUAUCGUGAGCUCU